GCUUGUUUCGUGCCAAAACGGCCCUUCCCUCCCAACGCUACACUUCUUCCAACUAGAAAACCCCAAAACAUCGCUGAACUCCUUCCCAUCUCUCUCGCUCGCUCGCUCUCCAUGGCCAUCGCUCACCGCCUCGUGGCUGUGAUCAAGGUCCCCGGCGGCGAUGACUUCUUGGUGGUUCGUCAAGAGCCGCCGCCCAGCCUCCCGGAGGAGGAGUACCAACGCUAUGUUGACACCGAUCUCUGGGAUUUGCCCUCCGCUCCGUUGAAGCUCUUGGAAGGAGGUAUUCGUUCCGAUGUUGUUGUCCAAGGGUCGGAAUCCUGCUCUGAUAAGCUCGAUUUGGGGAAUUUUGAUCUUGACGCCGCUCUCAAGGAGGUUAUAUCGCUAGUUGUUUUGGAUAGUGCAAUUAACAAAGAUUGGAUGUUUUGGAAAUUUGUGGAAGAAGCUGAAUUUGGACCAGAACCGUUGAUUCACACAGUGUUUGUUCUUGGAAGAUUGGAAUCUCAUGUAGAGGCUUUACAAGAGUCCUGUAAGUUGAUGUCCAAAGAGAAUGCCCUGAAGCUUCUUGUGGAUGUGAGGCCUGGUAAUGAUCGUUUAGGAUCUCUUUUUGUUUUGGGGCUUUUGCCUGACUCAGCAGAGUUGAAAAAAUGGAAACCUCCUUCUUCAUUGCGUUAUCAGGAGUAUCCUCCAGGUGUAAUCCUUGCACCAUUGGCCAGCAGAACAUUAAAGCCUUUCCACACAACAAAUUUAGUUGUGGUUGUAUCAGACAAGUCCAUUGGUGGUAUUGAAGGUCCCAGUAAUAUUGCAUAUGGGGAUGCACUGUUAAUGGAUCCUGGAUGCUGUUCACAGUCUCAUAAGGAGCUUAAGGAACUUGUAGCUUCAUUGCCAAGAAAGUUGGUGGUCUUUGUGACACAUCACCACCAUGAUCAUAUUGACGGUCUUUCGGUAGUUCAGCAGUGCAAUCCGGAUUCUAUUUUGUUGGCACAUGAAAAUACUUUGACUCGCAUCGGAAAAGAAGCAUGGACCCUUGGUUAUACCUUGAUUUCUGGUGGCGAGAGAAUACAAAUUGGUGAUCAACAAUUAGAAGCAAUCUUUGCUCCUGGGCACACUGAUGGGCACCUAGCGCUCCUUCAUGUUAGCACGAAUUCACUGGUUGUCGGUGAUCAUUGUGUAGGUCAUGGCAGUACUAUUCUGGAUGGCAAGGCUGGUGGAAACAUGAAGGACUACUUCCAGACAACUUAUAAUUUCUUGGAGCGCUCUCCAAAUGUUCUAAUUCCCAUGCAUGGUAGGCUUAACAUGUGGCCUAAGAGGAUGCUUUGUGGAUACCUCAAGCAUCGUCGGGAUAGAGAAUUGUCCAUUUUGAAAGCUAUUGAAAGUGGGGCGUAUACUAUGUCCGAUAUAAUUAGCAAGUCCUACCCUGGUUUGGACCCAAAAUUAUGGAUUCCAGCUUCAUGGAAUGUAAGGCUCCAUGUUGAUCAUCUCGCGCUCCAAGGGAAGUUACCAAAGGAUUUCUCCUUGCAAAAAUUCAGAGCAUCUUGCAUCCUAUUUGCACCUAAAUUGAUAUGGGCAUAUCUGCCAAACCUGAAAUUGACCCCUACUAAAUUAUUAGCCUUUGCAGUUGCCGGAGGCCUCGCCACGGUGAUCAUAACAAAUGUGUUCAGCUCAAAGACUUCAUAAAUAGAGCUCAAUACAUACAUACAUAUAUAUAUAUAUAUAUAUAUAUAUAUAUAUAGAUAUAUAUGCUUGCCGGGAAUAAACAUUGCCGAUAAUUAUGUCGGUAGAUGCACAGCAGCCAGUGGCAGCUACAUUCAGAUUCAGCAGUCAACCAUGGCUUGCUACUUCUCAUAAAGGCAAGGGGUAUUAUUUUGGGAGUGUUUCUUUUAUAUUUUCAAUACAAAUUGAUAGUGAUAAACUCAUCAGCAUUUAUAUUGUUUGCUAUUUCUUAUAAAGGCAGGGGGUAUUAUUUUGGGAGUGUUUAAAAUAUACAAAUUGAUAUUGAUAAACACUUCGGCAUUUAGAAUUGCUUGCUUACUUGCUACUUUCA